AUGUCAUGGGCACCAGCCUGCUAUGAGAUGGCUACCCCAAGUGAUCAGCACCAGACUGUCCUUUCUGGCUCACACCCAGAGGAGUUCAAAAUCGCGGCCCUGGUCUUCUACAGCGGGGUCUUCCUGGUUGGGUUAUCUGUCAACGUCACUGCGUUAUGGGUCUUCAGCUGCACCACCAAGAAGAGAACCACGGUGACGGUCUACAUGAUGAACGUGGCCCUGCUGGACCUGCUGUUUGCGCUGGCCCUGCCCUUCCGGAUGGUGUACUAUGCAAAGGGCGACUGGCCCUUUGGGGAGCGCCUCUGCCACGCCCUCGGGGCCCUGGUGCUGCUCUACCCGAGCCUGGCGCUGUGGCUCCUGGCCCUCCUCAGCGCUGACCGCUACAUGGCCGUGGUGCAGCCGAAACACGCCAAGGAACUCAAGAACACCCGUAAGGCCGUGCUGGCGAGCGCGGGGGUGUGGGGGAUGACCCUGGUGACCACCGUCCCUCUGCUGCUGCGCUCCGCAGACCCCGACAAGGACGCCUCGCCCGCCACCUGCCGAAAGCUCUGCGACAUCGUCCACCUGAGGGCCCUGACGGCGCUCGGCCUCACCCGGCUCCUGCUCUUCUUCCUGGUGCCCCUGCUCAUCAUCGCCGGGAGCUGCGCCAGCGUCAUCCACAGCCUCCUGCGAGGCCAGGCCUCCUCGCUCAAGCCCAAGGUCAGGGAGAAGUCCGUCCGCAUCAUCGCCACGCUCCUGCUGCAGGUGCUCGUGUGCUUCGUGCCCUUCCACGUGUGCCUGGCCUUGCUGACGCUGCGCCAGGAGGACAGCUACAGCCCCUGGGCGGCCUUCGCCACGCUGCUCAUGAGCCUCAGCUCGUGUCUCGACGUCAUCCUCUACUACAUCGUGUCCAAACAAUUCCAGGCGCGCGUCCUCAGCGUCAUGUGGUACCGCAACUACCUUCGGAGCGUGCGCAGAAAGAGCUUCCGUUCCGGCAGCUUACGGUCGCUUAGCAACGUGAACAGCGACAUGCUGUGAAUCACGCGCCUGUCGCUCUGAGGCUUUGUCUGUCUACUCUGAGUGAACUAGUAUCCUAUUGAACCCCGUCCCUUCUUUGUGAAAAGAAAUAAUAAUUAUAAUAAACUUUAAAAACUCC